GACACAAUAGAUUGUUGAAAAAUUACAUUGUGCCCGAGUAGUUAUAAUAUUGAUACCGCAUUACCAUUAUUGCACUGCUUUCAGACAGUAAUAGUUUGAAGAAACUAUUUUGUUGACGCUGCUGUUGUUCGAUACAAUAAAGUUUAGAAAAUGAGUACCAUAGUGGAGUUCUUUAAGGGACGAAAUGUCUUUGUAACCGGUGCAACAGGAUUUAUGGGCAAAGUUUUAAUUGAAAAACUAGUACGGUCAUGUCCAGACAUUGGUAAAAUUUGCAUAUUGGUGAGACAAAAAAAAGGAAAGGAUACAGAUGCAAGAAUUAAAGAAAUCUUGAACGCUAAAUUAUUUGAUACGAUAAAAGAACAGAGACCUGGAUUGAUGGAAGAAAAACUAUUUCCCAUAUUAGGCGACAUGACUGAAUUACGGCUCGGAUUAUCGGAUAUUGAUUAUAAUUUUUUAGUUGAAAAUGUAUCGGUCGUGUUUCAUGUUGCUGCUAGUGUCCGGUUUGACGAACCAAUAAGAGACGCAACUUUAAUGAAUGUAAGGGGAACGCGUGAAGUUGUACAGUUGUCUAAGCAAAUGAAAAACUUAAAAGUAUUUCUACACGUAUCAACUGCCUAUUGUAAUUGUAUAAGAGAACAUAUCGAAGAAAAAAUUUAUGAAGCUCCUUUUGGAUGGAGAGAAGCGAUUUCGAUUGCAGAAAAUAUUGACUCCACUAUGAGCAGUAUUUUAACAAAAAAGUUAUUAGGAAAAUAUCCAAAUACUUACACACUGACAAAAUUACUAGCCGAACAAAUAAUUAACGAAGAAGCGAAAAAUAUGCCGAUGGUAAUAUUCAGACCAACAAUUGUUAUAUCAACGAUCAAUGAUCCUAUUAAAGGAUGGAUUGACAAUUUUAAUGGGCCAAUUGGACUUAUGGUAGCUGUGGGUAAAGGAGUCGUUCGAGUUGCAUAUAGUGAUAAAAUGCUUAUUGCCGAUUAUAUACCUGUUGACAUUUCCAUAAAAUCAAUGAUUGUAGCAGCUUGGCAUCGGUCACAAUCAAAUUUGCCGGAGGAUAAUCCGAUUCCUAUCUACAACAGUGCAUCAUCAUCAACGAAAACCGCGACGAAUGUAGAAAUAUUGGAUUUUGGUAUGAAAAUUAUUAAAAAAUACCCGUUCGAAGAAAUGUUAUGGCUUCCAGGUGUUAUUUACACAACAUGUAUUUACUACUAUUAUUUAACGACUAUAAUCAAGCAAGUCUUGCCAGCUAUUUUUUUAGAUAUGAUUUUGUAUAUCAUUGGAAAGCCACCUAAACGUUUGCUACUCUUACAACAAAAAAUCUAUGUAAUCCAGAUAGCUCUAUCUUACUUUACUACGAAAACAUGGAAGUUUGAAAACAAAAACUUUUUGGGAUUAAUUGAUAAAAUUCCAGAUAUUGACCGUAAAGAAUUUGAUUACGAUUUUAAAGAUUUAGACGUUUUCAAGUUUUUCGAAGAUGCAACCAUUGGCUCACAGAAAUAUCUGUUUAAUGUAGAUAUGAAAAGACUUCCAAUUGCAAGACGUGUAUAUAGAAGAUUUGUAUGGCUGGAUAAAGUGUUUACAGUAAUCGGCUACUCAAUAUUUGCAUUGUUAUUAGUACAUUUGUUAAUACAAUUCAAUAUAAUACCAAGCACAUUGGUACACAGCAUGGGUUGUUGUUUAAAAUGGAUUUAAUGAAAACCAAUUCUAAGCAUUACGAGUAUUUACUUGUGGGGAAAUGUCACUUUUUUAUUAAUACAGCAAACUAUUUUGUAUAAUUAUAUUAUAAGUAAAUUUGGUUUUUUUU